GCAGUGUGGAGCCUGCUCUGCCGUAUAAAAGAAGAAAAGCGCGACCUGUCACAGGGAGGACUUUUCUCGGACCACUGUCACCAAAUAGCAUUUCGGCCAGUCAGCUCAGGUUAAAAUACAAUUGAAGGACAUUCAUAUGGAUGUGGAAUUCCACUGCACCAGCAAGCUGCAUGCCUAAUUUCCCAUGGGGGUGGUCACCACCAUGGACCCCGAAUCAGCCCGCCAACCCCAGGUCCCGGCGCAAGGCAAGCUGAGUAACAGCGGGCCUGUCUUUGCGGCUGGUCGAGGGACCGGGCUUGGGCCUCGAGGGAAACACUAUGUAUGUGGCUCUGUGGCCGCCUUCACUAACAUCAUCAUCACGUUCCCCAUCCAGAAGGUGCUCUUUCGGCAGCAGCUGCAUGGCGUGCGGGCUACAGAGGCUGUGCGGCAGCUCCAGCGCGAGGGCUUACGCAACUUGUAUCGCGGCCUCCUGCCUCCGCUGUUGCAGAAGACCACCACAGUGGCCAUCAUGUUUGGCCUGUAUGAGGACUUCUCCCGCCUGCUCCUGCGGCAUGCACGUGCCAGUGGUGCGCCUGAGCUGCUGACCCGCAGCGUGGCAGCUGCUCUGGCUGGCACGGCUGAGGCCGCUUUGACACCGUUCGAGAGGGUGCAGACGCUGCUGCAGGACCACCGUCACAAUGGGCGCUUCCAAAACACGGCCCACGCCUUCCGGACUCUGCUCCGCGACUACGGGGUGAAAGAAUGUUAUCGUGGUCUGGUACCUGUGCUGCUGCGCAAUGGACCCAGCAAUGUGCUCUUCUUCGGUCUGCGUGGGCCCAUCAAGCAGCGUCUGCCCGACGCCCACACCAAGACGGGCCACCUGCUCAACGACUUUGUAUGUGGUGGGCUACUGGGUGCAGCGCUGGGCAUCAUGUUUUACCCACUGAAUGUGGUGAAGUCGCGAGCGCAGGCGCAGGUGGGCGGUGAGUUUGUGCCCUGUUUGCGGGUUCUGGCCACCGUGUGGAGGGAAAGAGGUGGGAGCGUGGCCUUGUUGUUCCGUGGAGCCACGCUCAACUACCACCGCUCACUGCUCUCAUGGGGCAUCAUCAACGCCACUUACGAACUCCUGCUCAAAGUUGUCUGAGGAGGGAUGGAGGGUUGGACAGACGAGUGAGCGGACUUGAGGAUGUUUGCCAUCUAAGUGGGUGUUUCACAGAGCAAGAGGAUAUUUCACAAAGCAGGAUUUCUCAGUUAGCUACUUAAGCCCAAAGUCCAAUAGGAGAAGUUCUUAAUUGUCAGUCCCUGUUUUGGGCUUAAGCGAUCCAGCUUUAUUGAGAAAACCUGCAUUGUGAAAUGUCCUCCUGGAUUUGUCAGUAAGAUGGAUGAAUAAACCAAAAGUGAAGAUUGUCCAAUAGGAAUCUCCUUGUAUUGGACAGGCUUGAUAUUUGGGCUUUACUUGUCUGGUUAACUGACAAAUCCUGCUUUCUGGAAUACCCCCUCAGCCCGAGCUGAGAAUCUUGUGUUCUUUACCACAGCACAGUCUUUGUUUGACAUCUAGGACACUGCCGUUUCCUUUUGUAUCCAUGAACAGGUCGAACUGCACUUCAUAAAAGAUCAUAAAAGAACUGUUCAUGUUGUGUUGCCUGAAUGUUCAACUCAUACCUGGCAAAAAAUGUGCUGCAAACCUGUAUUGACCCCUUUUUUAUGUCCUUACUGCUAUGAGUAUUGAGAAGUGGUCUGUGAGGCCCCUAAAUGGGGAUUAAGAACUAAUGUUACGAGGCUGAACACAGUUUUUGAGUUAUGGAGAGGAAGUCCAUUUUCUAUUGUUAAUUGUAUCGAUCCUUAAUAAAAUGCACAAAUUGGUGCCUGGACCAUACCAGACAAUUAUUCAGUCCAUUCUGUAGCACUCUGCUCAUUUUGACAUUGUGAAAGAAACAAGAAAUCAAAUGUUCCAUUACAAUUUGAUGAAUUAUGGAGAAACACGAACGUAGCUGGGAUGCUCAUUAAGCCAUACCAGAGAAUGUGGAUGGCUGCAUUCUCCCUGAGCAGAGAAGGACAGGUGUCCAGUUUUCUAUGUCACCAUGUCAGUCAAUCCGACAUCUGUGAGGUCACAUGGCACUUGGGAGCCUGACCUCGUAGCACUUAGGUGGCAUGGCCAGUAGUUACAAAUGAUUUAUCCCACCUUAAUGGGACUGACAGGACGAUAGGAGAAAAUCUUUCUACACUGAGUUUUGGCUAUGAAUAAAUAAGAAAAAAAAUAUAUCUACUUGUGAAGUGUAGAGAAUACUACAUGGUGGUGGAAAGUGAAAUCUUAAGUCUGACAACUGGGAAAAUAUGUCCAUUUUCUAAAGAGGUGUAUGGAAGUGGUGCAGGUUACAUAGUGUGACUAGCUGUGUGACUAGCAGAGACUAAGUAGUUUGGAACUUGCAAGUAAAAUGCGAAAAUUGUACUUAUUGUGCCUUUAGUUUACAUUGUGGUGUAACAGAUUAUGGCACACUGGAGGACCAUCAGAUGAAAAAGCCUCUUAAGUCAUUGCUUGUCAAUUGGAUAAAAUCCAAGUUUUUUUUUCUUUUUGUAUGUGUGUGUUGUGAUGAGUGCGAAACUUCCCUGACAUUGUAAGUGAAAAGUAAACAAUGAACAAUUACACUGACUUAUUAUUAUA